ACAACAACCAAAAUAUUGAUGGAAAAUUAAAUCGAAAAAAAUAAUAAUAAUCUCCAUUAUCAAAUUGUUUAUCCAUUUUAUUGAUUUGAUAAAAAAAAAAUUUUCAACACGUACAUACAUCAUGUCUUCACAGCAUCUAACCAAAUGGCAACGUUUUAAAAUAUGGACAACAAAAUAUUUUGGAUGUAAAUCAUCAUCAACAUAUGUAUUCAAUAAUAAUGAACAAAAUGAUAAUUCUGAACGGCCAUCAAAACAAAGUGGACAACGUAUACAACCAUCCAAAUCGAUAAAUGGUCAACAAAAACAUUCGAAUCACGAUCAGCUACAGGGAAAAAAUAUAUCGAAGAAAAAACAUCAUCAACAGAAACAACAGCAAAAACAGAAACAAAAACAAAAUGUUAUCAAUAAAAAGACAAAUGUUGAUAAUAAAAAAAUGAAAAAUGUUAAUGUAACAAAAUCAGUAACGAUAAUGAAUGAAAAUGGCACGAAUAAAACGGUCGAUAAUAAAAAAACGAAAAGUUUAGGAGUAAUGGAUCUACAUGAUGAUAAUGGUCAAGAUAUACCUUUUAUCGAUGCUUCAUUGAUCAAUUUGGAUCGUAUCGUAAAAUGAUUAUCAUUAAUUUUUUUUUGUUGAAAAUUUUCCCCGUAUCAUCAUCAUCAUUUUAACCAUAAAUAAAGGAAAUGGAACAGAUUUCAUUUCAAAAAAAUG